AUGUCCCAUGCUGCGCCGGUAACACCCGCACCCAGCGUUUGCACAUUUUACCACCCCUCAAGACGGCGUAAUCAGUCUUCUUGGGCUGCUGCGGUGUCCGUAGCUCAGAAUAUUCUGAACAAUGCUCCGGAUCCAAAUGCACCCAUUGCCGUGGAUCCAUUUCGGACGGUUGCGAGGGAGAUGAAGUUUUUGACCAAGAAUAUAAGACAGCUGCUGGGGUCUGGCCACCCGACGCUGGAUACCGUUGCUAAGUAUUACACACAGAGUGAGGGGAAGUAUGUGCGGCCUAUGUUGGUGCUGCUCAUGUCUAGAGCCACAGCUCUCACACCCAAGAUUCCCAGAGGUAACAGUCGAUAUUCGGUAAAUCGACCCAUUGCUUCCCCGGACGUCCUCACCGAUGAGAAUCCUUCUGCGCCAGAGUACUCGAGUCUCACGGAUUUAAAGCACGAUGCAGCGUAUGUGCAGGAAGAGUCGGACAUCCUCCCAUCGCAGCGACGGUUAGCGGAGAUUACUGAGUUGAUCCAUACCGCCAGUCUCCUGCACGAUGACGUGAUCGACCACUCGCAAUCGCGCCGCUCCGCUCCCUCAGCUAACAUCGAGUUCGGAAAUAAAAUGGCAGUGUUGGCAGGUGACUUCCUGCUUGGUCGAGCCUCCGUCGCUCUUGCACGACUACGGGAUCCGGAAGUCACAGAGCUGCUUGCAACCGUGAUAGCAAAUCUCGUCGAGGGCGAAUUCAUGCAACUUAAGAACACGGCGCGGGAUGAAAAGAACCCAGUUUGGACCGAAGACACCGUAUCAUACUAUCUCCAGAAAACCUAUCUCAAGUCGGCGAGCUUGAUCAGCAAGUCUUGUCGCGCAGCCGCUAUUCUGGGUCAAAGUACCCCUGAGGUCGUCGAGGCCGCGUAUCUGUAUGGGAAGAAUCUAGGUCUAGCGUUCCAGCUAGUGGACGAUAUGCUAGAUUACACGAUCAGUGGAGAAGAGCUGGGGAAGCCUGCUGGGGCGGAUUUGGAGCUUGGACUGGCAACGGCGCCGCUGUUGUUUGCGUGGAAAGAUAAUAAAUCUCUGGGGAAACUCGUUGGUAGGAAAUUUGCGGAUGAGGGUGAUGUGCAGAGAGCCCGCGAAGCCGUAGCAUCAAGCACAGGCCUCGAGCAAACACGCGCCCUAGCCCAAGAAUACGUCGACAAGGCUAUCCAAGCCAUCAGCUGGUUUCCAGAAAGUGAAGCCAAGGACGGACUCAUUGAAAUGUGCACCAAAGUCAUGAAGAGACGGAAAUAG